CCCCAAAAUAAAGAGAAUCAAUUCCCAACAAUGCCUGCAAUUGCCAGUCACGAUUCCAUCUUGGCCAUCAAAUCGGAGAAGUCUGGUGAGAUCGCCAGAUCCAACGGUGAUUCAACUCCUCAGAAGCGGAGACUGAGAUCUGAUGCGGCAGCGGAGCAGAACAAGAGCCCAACUUCAACGCCGAUGAAAUGGAAAUCUCCUCGCCGUAGCCUCAAUUCUAGUCCAAACACUCCUAUUAAUGUGAAUGAAAAACUCGUGACGCGCAAAUCACCGGUUAAGAAGAGAUUAUUUGAGAGUCGUAAAGCCAAACCAAAUUGGAAUCCUCAAGAUGUGGAGCAAAUGAGUGCAGUAAAGGAGGCUCUACACGUGUCAACAGCGCCAUCGACGGUUGUCUGUCGUGAGGAGGAGCAGAAAAGGGUUUUGGAGUUCUGUAAGAAGCAUGUGGAACAAGAGAAGGCUGGGAGUUUGUAUGUGUGUGGUUGUCCCGGGACAGGGAAAUCAUUGUCCAUGGAGAAAAUUAAACAGCAUUUGCUUGACUGGGCUAAAGAGGAGGGUUUUCAGGUGCCAGAUGUAUUAGCCAUUAAUUGUACUUCACUUACAAACACAUCUGAAAUUUUCAGCAAGAUUAUUUUUAAAAUCCAAGGAAGGAAGAAAAUCAGUGGCUCCACGUCACCUUUACAACAUCUUCAGAACUUGUAUUCUCAAAAGCAGCAGUCAUCUGGCUCAAAAAUGAUGCUAAUUGUUGCUGAUGAGUUGGAUUAUUUGAUUACCAGAGACCGAGCGGUCCUUCAUGAUCUUUUCAUGCUUACAACUUUUUCGUUCUCUAGAUUCAUAAUAAUAGGAAUAGCAAAUGCCAUAGAUCUUGCAGAUAGAUUUCUUCCAAGACUUCAGUCACUGAAUUGUAAACCUCUUGUUGUGACAUUUCGAGUCUCUAAAGAUCAAAUCAUCAGAAUACUUCAGGAGAGGCUCAUGGCACUUCCUUAUAUUGUCUUUCAGCCACAAGCAUUGGAACUCUGUGCCAGAAAAGUUGCUGCUGCAUCUGGAGACAUGCGGAAAGCUCUGAGUGUUUGCAGGAGUGCAAUUGAGGUGCUAGAUACGGAACUGAGAGAGUCUGCAAGCAAAAUAAACUCGACAUCAGUCGAGAAAGGGUCCUUUGAUCAACAGGCAGUGAGGGUUGAUCAUAUGGCUGUUGCUUGUGCAAAUACAUUUAAAUCUCCAGUAGUCGACACCAUACAGUCUCUCCCUCAACAUCAACAAAUUAUACUUUGCUCUGCGGUGAAGUUCUUCCGCGGAGGAAAGAAAGAUACAACUGUUGGGGAGCUAAAUAAAUCAUAUAUGGAAAUCUGCAAAACGUCCCUCAUUCCACCAGUUGGAAUUCUGGAAUCGAGUAUGUGCAGAGUGCUAAAUGACCAGGGGCUUCUCAAAUUAGGCCAGUCUCGUGAAGAUAAAUUGAAAAGAGUAACAUUAAAAAUAGAUGAGUCUGAUAUCACUUUUGCAUUGCAGGUAUGA